UCCCAUUCUCCCAUCGGCCAUUGCGAGACAGGAAGCGUGUUCUGCUUUUGGCGCGGUCUUGUCUUAAAGCGGUGUCGGCCAUCUUGGAACCACAUCAGUGUUUCAGGUUACUCUGUGAAGCACGGCAUGAACACAGGACUCGUUGACCGACCUUCUGUCGUUAAAUAACAAAACAAACUGUUUUUGCGUCACCGUUUACCGACGACUGCAGACACGUUCGUUUUUAUCGCGCGCGGAGCGGAAAAUUCAAACUCCGGAUUGUUGAAAGAAGCGUCAUGGCGACAGCUACCCCAAGCCGCGAAGCUGGCCGGUCGGCGGCCUCGACUCCUCUCUCCCCGACUCGGAUCUCCCGCUUACAAGAGAAACAGGAUCUGCAGCACCUGAACGACCGACUGGCCGUGUAUAUCGACCGUGUCCGGUCACUGGAACUGGAAAACGACCGACUGAUGGUCAAAGUGUCUGAGAAAGAGGAGGUGACCACUAGAGAGGUGACCGGUCUAAAGGCUCUGUAUGAGGCAGAGUUGGCUGAUGCUCGACGAGUUUUGGAUGAGACUGCUAAGGAGAGAGCCAGGCUGCAGAUAGACCUGGGCAAAGCUCAGGCUGACCUGGAAGAAGCCACACGGAGUGCCAAGAAGAAGGAUAGUGAUCUGGCUGCUGCAGUGUCCAGGGCCAACGGUUUGGAAGGCCAGCUGAACAAGAGUGAAGCUUCCCUUUCCACCGCUCUAAGUCAGAACGCUGCUCUGACUUCUGAGCUGGCUGAUGUCAACGGCCUACUGACUAAGGCGGAGGACAGCCAUGCUGUGGCUAAGCGCCAGCUGGAGGCAGAGACACUGAUGCGUGUAGACUUGGAGAACCGUUGUCAAUCACUGAGUGAAGAGCUGGAGUUCAGGAAGAGCAUGUUUGAAGAGGAGGUGCGUGAGUCCCGCCGGCGACAGGAGCAGAGGAUAGUGGAGGUGGACUCUGGAGUUAGACAGGACUAUGACUUCAAACUCGCACAAGCUUUACAGGACCUGAGGAGGCAGCAUGAUGAGCAAGUCUCUCUUUAUAAGGAAGAACUGGAGCAAACCUUCCAGGCCAAGUUAGAUAAUGCCAAGGUAUCCUCAGAAAUUAACGACAAGGCCAUGGGCACGGCCAGGGAGGAGCUGCAGGAGUCACGUGUGAGACUGGAGAGCCUAGGAUAUCAACUCAGUGCCUUGCAGAAACAGGUCGCUGCCUCAGAGGAUCGCAUCAGAGAGCUGGAGGAAAUUCUGUCUGCAGAGCGUGACAAGCACCGGCGUGCCAUUGAAGUAAAAGAACAGGAGAUGAGCGAAAUGAGAGAAAGGAUGAACGCUCAGCUCAGUGAAUACCAGGAGCUGCUGGACGUCAAGCUUGCCUUGGAUAUGGAGAUCAACGCAUACAGGAAACUGCUGGAGGGAGAGGAGCACAGAUUGAAGCUCUCCCCCAGCCCGUCAGCCCGAGUCACCGUUUCCAGGCUAACAGGAUCUUCAUCCUCCCGCACCACCAAAAGGAAGAGGGUGGAGGUGGAGGCUCAGGAUGUGGCAGAGGGGAGAAGAGGAGAGGGGCAGCUGCUGGUGUCUGAAGAAGCCACAGCUAGCGGAGCGGUUACCAUAGCACCCACUGACAUGGAUGGAAACGCAGUCACACUGACCAAUGACACUGAGCAGGACCAGCCGCUGGGCAACUGGAGGCUGAAGAGACAGGUUGACAAUGAGGAAGAGGUUGUCUACAAGUUCUCCCCAAAGUUUGUCCUCAAGGCUGGACAGACAGUCACGGUGUGGUCCGCUGAUGCCGGUGUGGCCCACAGUCCGCCAUCUGACCUGUUAUGGAAAAGUCAGACUUCCUGGGGCACAGGAAGUGACAUAGUUACCACUUUGGUGAACGCUGAUGGCGAGGAGGUAGCCACGAGGAGUGUAACCAAGACUGAGGUAGAGGUCGAGAAUGGAGAGGAAGAGGAAGAAGAGGCACAAGCAGGCAAAGUGUCAUCCAGAGAGUGUGCCAUCAUGUGAAACUUCACCUCCUCACGAUAUCUAUUUUUCUCCUGAGCCUCUCAGAUAUUAUCCUAUCCAUGUCCUCAUCAUUAUGUUGUUGUUUUUUUUAUUGGUCAACACCAUACCAGAACUUUUGGACUAAUGACUCUUUUUACUGCCCUCCACAUUUCCGGCCUGCUUUAAUGAGUCAUUAUACUAAAUAUUACUAUGAAUUGAAGUGUGUGGAUCCAUAUGAUGGAUUCAAAUAUUGAGUCAGACUGUGGUGUUGCAGUUGAUUAUUCCCACUCUAAUAGUUGUAUUAACUCUCAUUUGUACGUCGCUUUGGAUAAAAGCGUCUGCUAAAUGACAUUGUAGUACUCUCCUGCGCUUCAUUCAUCCUUUAUGUACCCAUUGCACGCUAAUCAGCUAAAGAAGCUGUUUUUGAGUUAUCAAGAUAAAGGACUUGCUAAAAGUAUGAAUUCAUAAGUCUAGUGUUGGACAAAUGAUGGGCAGAUCCUAAUUGGCUUUUUGGAGAACAGUUUUUCCUCCAAAAUCAAGACUUCAGUGUUUCCCAUCUAUAACUUAAUUUGUAAAGGUACAAAGGUUUCCUCUGACUUUGCUACGUCUGUCUUCCAUUGAAAGGUCAGGUAAACUCAGUUUAUUCAUACAGACCAAUAUCACCAGACAUUACAGUCGGUACAGAUAUUACAGCCUGACCUUUUGACCCUCCAUUCAGACAAAGAAAGAAAUCAGGGAGAGAGAAUGUAUAACUGCAGUUGAAAUUAGGAAUUAUGCAUUGUGAUUGUACUGAACUUAUCUCACUAAUGCUCACUAGUACUGUCCCCAUACCUCCUUCUUUCCUUGUGUGUUUGAAGGCAGCGCUGACAUGAGUCAGUCUGAAUCAAAACACUUGUUUUCCAGCUGGAUCAUGAAGCUAUUAAAUGCCCAGUUGUUAUCACACUCCUAUGAAAAAUAUAUUUUGGAAUGAAAACCGUUAGUGGCCACGAGAUCUGAAAUUUAUCGUCAGCAGGACAUCUUCUCAGACUCGGACUGAACUUCACCUGCUUAUGGUGUCAUGUAUCAGCAGUGAGGUGGGACAGCCAGAGACAUCAGUCUGAUAUGGAGCAAAGGUACUAGUAUGACUCAUGGUUGUGUUCAUGUGACCUGUUGUAAUAUUAGUUGACGGACCUACGUACGUGGUGGCUCUGGGUUAUGUACUGCUGACAUAAAGUCUUUUGACUGAACACUCGAGGUUUAGAAUGAUAGUAACACUUGUUGGAGUCUUAUGACUAGGGUUGUCACGAUACUAAAAUGUUCAUCUCGAUACCGAUACUCAGGAAAAUAUUCGUAAUCUAUACCAUUUUUGAUACCACAAGGAUAAAAACAAAGACCCCAAAAAAGAAAAAUGCAACAUGUAAAAAUUAACAGAACCACAGGUUAAAUAUUUAUAAUUAAAAAAAAGUUGUGCAAAAAGAAACUGCAACUAUGAUAACAAGCUUCAGAUACUCUAUACUUGUGAGAAUGAGUAUUGUAUUCGGAUACAACGUUUGAGUAUUGAUACUUUUUUGAGUAUCGGUACUUUUGACAACCCUACUUAUGACAGUAAUGGUGUUGCUCUCACCUUGUGUGUGCCAUUGUGGGAAACUCGAACAUUUUUCCUGUGCGUCUGUGUGCUAUUCUUUGCUAGUUAUUUUUCUAUAGAGUGCUUGUCUAUGUAAUCACUUUUUUUUUACACAAUUUAUUUCAGUUAUUAUUUAGUGUUUAGGAUUUCUGGGAUGAUUAUGGUUGGGUGUUCGUUACCAUAAAUCUCUUUGAGGAUUCUGAUAGUGAACACUCCUGAUCAGCGUCCUAAUGGCAGAAGCAACAACUUCCUGUCCAAUCAUCAUUGACUUUGAAGACUAACUGACAAUUGAGUGAAUACUGGUGUGAAAUAUGAUGCUAAAUCAGUCCCUCCAGGAGUUUUUUUCAAUUUAACCUCAACAGAUAAUUUCUGCAAUCUCUUUUUUACACUACCAACUUUUAUAUAAGAACUGGUAAACAUUUGCAGUUUGAGCAAUCAAAGUUAUUGCUGCAUAUUAGUAUGCAGCCCAUCUGUUACAGCUCAGUUGCAAUUCUUAAAUUUAACAGAUCACAGUUUUGAAAACGAAAUCAAACUGGGGCUGUAU